CAAAGCUGAGGGUGAUUCGUUUCAGUAGCUUUUUGCCUUUAGCAGUUAAUAGGAUUUAAAAGCGUAGAGUAUUUUGUUGACAGGACCGCUCUGAGGUCAGAGAAAAUUUAAGAAGAUUCCUGCUUACUGUGGUCCAUUGAGUUAAUCAUGUGGGUUUUGUCUAGCAGUGAUGGUAAAUUGAAAGAAACCUCUAGAGCUCUUUUGCCAGGGGCGUACAUUCUUGGGCGAAGCGUGAAAGAUGAUUCCUCAAACAUUCAGGUUGUCUCGAAAUCUAUCAGCAAAAGACACGUUCAAAUUACUGUGUCUCCGCCGAAAGCGAAUUUUAAUAAAACCGAAAUUCCAUGCGCCAUCGAAAUCCAAGAUUUAGAUACUAAAUUUGGGACAGCAGUCAAUGACGAGCGUGUCUGUCCGAGACAAACUUAUGAGAAAAACGCUUCACUAGAAUUUUCAUUAGGGAAAUGCCCGACCAAAUUUUACCUCCAAUGGAACAAUAUUUCCAUUUGCUUUGAUGAUCAAGAGACCAUGGCACGUUGGUCGACGCCACUUUUACUUAUCGGAGUACCUAACUCAAUACAUAUCAACCAUUCCAUUACACAUUUUGUUCCGCGUAAAGAUUCUUUAUCUUCUGUGAAGGUAGCUUUGGCUUAUAUAAAGGAUAUAAAGAUUGUGAAUGAGUCUUUUGUUGAAGCUUUAGUCAACGAGAAAGAAAAAUAUUUACAAAAUACUAAUCUAAUUCCUAAAGAUAUCUCAUACCUUUCUACAGGAAGGAAUCAUAAUGCCUUUUUCCCAAAAUCCGCAGGCGAUUUAAGGAAUUCUUUGGGAGGUUUAAAGUGCUGUUCCAUUGAUUUAGAUCAAGAACUUCCAAAAUUACUAUCCCUCCUUGGCUUAGAUGUGCAUAGACAUCAUACAGACGAUGUACAAUUUUUGACAUCGUAUUAUGGUGAACGAAAUAUUGAUUUUGUAAUCAUUUUAAAACAAAAGGUGAUAUCUACAAUUCUUUCUCAAAAUAAAGUAUUUUGUCUUACUUUUAGCGAUCUAUGGAAUAUCCUAAAAGAAGAUAACCCGAAAGAAGUGUUGCAUACGAAAAAAACGAGCCAUCAACAGUCAAAAUCCAGUGCGCCUUCUACUUCACUAGCAACGUCUGAGAAUGUUUUGGAUGAAUUAUUCAGUAAUUUUAAACCCGUUCCCCGUUCUCCAAGGAGUAAAAGAACUCUCAAGUCCGAAGGAAUGUUGAAUGUUUCUAAACCCAGGCCUCCCAAUAGCCCUCUUAAAAAGGAUUAUCGAGAAAAUUUAGAAGAAGAAAGGAAUGCUAAAUUAUUUCCUGAUAAUUCAAAGCCUUUAUCUGUUUCUUCAACAGGUAGAGAGUCGUUAGAUAGAACGCCGUUACAUGAAAGCAAUCCGGAACUUGGAAAGUCAAAAAAGAAAACGAAUAAAAAGGAUAUUGGCGAUAAAUCGAAAGUGAUUUCUUCUCAUUUUGCACCUCUCACAUUAUCUACUGCAGGAGAAUCAGAAUCACCUAAUGUGAAAGUCAAAAAAGAGAGGGAAACAAGUCCAUUACUUUUGAAAGCAGAACACAACGAGCCUCCAGAUACACCACUUUCAGAAGAAAAUUUACCAAAAAAUCUUGGUUCAGUGGAGUUUAUAUCUAUCCACCUACCCAAAAAGAAUGAAAAGAAGGAAGCGGAAUUCUCAAAAUAUAAAGAUAGACCAAACUUUAAGAAAUUCAGAAGGCAAGGUAGUAAAGUGCAUGUAGCACCACCAGUGUUUAUACCACUUUCAGAAUCCCGGAAGGGACAAAACGAAGUCAUAGACAUUGAUAUGGACCCUGUCCCCCAAUUGAUGAAAAAAACAAAUACAGAUACGCGUUCUCCAGAGCGGAUUUCUCAACAGGGCUCUAUGGAAAUGCGCAUGGAUGAACAAAAUCUCGGGGAUAAAAGAGAUGCUAAUGAGGACGAAGAAGACGAAGAAGAUGAUGAGUUUGGUGACUUGAAAUUUAGAUUUUAGUGUAUGUUGAUCUCUUAAAGAGCGAAUUAUAAAUACAAAGUGCUCUCUACUUAAUUAAUGUUAAUAUCACUAAUACCUUUGUUUCUAAUAAAAAGCGCAUGAUUACAAAGUUGACGAUACAAUUCUUCAUAGCUAGA